AUGUUAAGCCAAACAGCUCCCCAGCCACAGCCGCAGCCGAUGCAGCAGCCGAUGCAGCAGCCGAUGCAGCAGCCGACCGUGGUCCAAGUCACUGUGCCAGCCCAGACCACUUCCCAUAUAGUAACCGUGGGUAACUGUCCCGUCUGCCACAUCGGCAACAUGAGGGAGGAGUUCUCGGCAGUCGGCAUCGUACUGGCCGUCCUCUUCUUCCCGCUCGGUGUGAUCUGCUGCCUUAUGAUGACCGAGAAGGUCUGCCCUCACUGCGGGGCGCGCUUCGGCGCGUAA